UUGAAGGGAUGAAAUUCCAAAUAAUUCACUGGAACGUACUAAAUAUGCAUCACUUGCUACUCUUUGUAAUGUAUGUUAUAGUCAUCAUCUCCAUUUUGGCAAUAGUUUGGAGAGUAUAUUGGCAUAGAAGAAGUUCAUCAUGGAUUCCUCAAAUUCCAUUUCUAUUUGCAGAGGAGGAGGAUUACCAAACAGACCAUGGCUUGAACAAAAAAGUCAUACACACUGUGCCUGUGUUUGUAUAUAAAGAAGAAAGCUUCAAGAAUGAUGAGAAGGAACAGCUCAUGUGUGUAAUUUGCUGCUCUAAAUUUGAGCAGAAUGAGAAAGGAAGAGAGUUGCCCAAAUGCAAUCACAGGUUUCAUGUGAAUUGCAUUGAUAAGUGGUUUGAGUUGCAGUCUACUUGCCCAAUAUGCAGAAUGAAUGUGGAGGAUGCCAUUUCUGAUGAGAAAGGAAGAAUAGAAGAGGAAGAUCAUUUUUCAAUAGUUGCAGAUGAUAUUGUAAUUGAUAUGAGGAGUCUAGAAGGGAGUGUUGGAGAUGAUAUUGUAAUUGAUACGAGUGUAGAAGAAAUGGAAGCACUGCAGGAGGAGGAAGAAGAUAAUCACAGUGAUAAUGAAGAAAAUCCAGAUAAAUUUAGGACAGUCCACACAGAAAAGAAUGAUAUGGUCAUUGCAAUGGAACAAUUUUCUUGACAACCAUGCAGGUUAAAGGUUUAUGCAAAGAGAUGGGAGGCCACCAUACAAAGAUAGCAUGGACCAUCGUGUUUAAAAAUAAUGAGGGAUUUGAUGGUAAAAUUGAGAAGUUAGAUCAUUGUAUUUAAUAUAAAUAGA